UGUGAGGUCGUGUGUGCUGGAGAGUGUUUUUUUUUUAAAAGCGAGCCGAGCUUUAAGCUUAAGUUCAUUGAAUCAGAAGUUGCGGUCGCAAACACACAAUGAGCGGCUGUGGCUGUGGCUGUCGCUGUAGUCGCAAACUAACGCUGGCCAUGAGCGGGUUUCUAAUUAUUUUGUUGGCCGCCGUCGCUGUUGGCUUAGUUGUUGGUCUUGGAAACAGAGACGAUGGAGACGAGCACACGUUCACCAUUGAUCAUGAGGCAAACACCUUUUUAAUGGAUGGUAAGCCCUUUCGAUAUGUUUCCGGAUCUUUUCACUAUUUUCGCGCACUGCCCGACGCUUGGCGCAGUCGCUUGCGGACAAUGCGUGCCUCCGGUCUUAAUGCAUUGGAUACCUAUGUGGAAUGGUCUCUUCAUAAUCCACACGAUGGCGAAUACAAUUGGGAAGGCAUAGCGGAUGUUGUCAAAUUUCUAGAGCUGGCUAAAGAGGAAGGUUUCUACGUAGUGCUCCGUCCGGGUCCAUACAUAUGUGCCGAACGAGAUAAUGGUGGACUUCCGCAUUGGCUCUUUACCAAAUAUCCCGACAUCAAAGUUCGAACCAACGAUGCCAACUAUAUUGCCGAGGUGGGUAAAUGGUAUGCGGAACUGAUGCCGCGUCUACAACAUUUGUUGUAUGGCAAUGGUGGUCCCAUCAUUAUGGUCCAAAUAGAGAAUGAAUAUGGAGUGUAUUAUGCCUGCGAUCACGACUACCUGAACUGGUUGCGCGAUGAGACCGAGAAGUAUGUGCAACAAAAGGCGCUACUUUUCACCGUCGAUAUACCCAAUGAACUGAUGCAUUGUGGCAAGAUUGAGAAUGUGUUUGCCACCACAGACUUUGGCAUUGAUCGCAUUAACGAGAUUGAGAAUAUUUGGAAAAUGCUGCGCGGCGUGCAACCGACUGGACCGCUGGUGAAUUCUGAAUUUUAUCCUGGCUGGCUAACCCACUGGCAGGAAAUGAAUCAGCGUCGCGAUGGUAAGGAAGUGGCUGAUGCCUUAAGAACCAUCCUCAGCUAUAACGCCAGCGUGAAUCUGUACAUGUUCUUUGGCGGCACCAAUUUUGGUUUCACUGCCGGCGCCAAUUACGAUCUAGACGGUGGUGUUGGCUAUGCCGCCGACAUAACUUCGUACGACUAUGAUGCAGUGAUGGACGAAGCGGGCGGCGUUACGCCCAAAUACCAGCUAGUCCGUGACGUUAUUGGAGAGGUCUUGGAGUUACCUGACAUUACGCUAAUGCCAGCAAAGCGUUUGUCGUAUGGAAAGGUGCAGUUAAAGCCCUCCAUGGAGUUGCUUUCGAUCGAGGGGCGCGCAACCUUGUCCAAAGGCACGCCUGUGCAGUCCGAGAAACCGCAAACAUUUGAACAAAUGGAUCAGUAUUCGGGACUAUUGCUCUACGAGACGCAGCUGCCUAGCAUUGAUCUGGAUCCGACGCUACUCACGCUCAAUGAGCUGCGUGAUCGCGCUCAGGUGUUCAUCGAUCAGCAAUUCGUGGGCAUCUUGUCGCGGGAGAAUCGCAUCUAUUCGCUGCCACUGAGCAAGGGCUGGGGCAACACCCUGCAGCUUUUGGUGGAGAAUCAAGGACGCAUCAACUACGAUGUGCUGAAUGAUACAAAGGGUGUCCUGGGCGAUAUUACCGUUCAGCUGCAUAAUGGGGGACAAUUACCUCUGGAAAACUGGACGACGACAGCCUUUCCACUGGAGGAGGCCAGCGUAGAGGCGUGGCGCAAGCAGCGCUCCAAUAAAGAAUUGGCUUCGAAUAUAGCCGCCCAGAAAAUUCUGCUUACUGGCCCCAUUCUGUAUGAGGGCAGCUUUCAGGUCCAGGAUCUGGGCGAUACCUAUCUAAAUGUCGCUGGCUGGGGAAAAGGUGUCGCUUAUGUAAAUGGCUUCAACCUGGGUCGCUAUUGGCCACUGGCUGGACCCCAGAUAACGCUCUAUGUGCCCAACGAGCUCCUGCGUUUGGGCGACAACUCCAUAGUACUGCUCGAGUACCAACAGGUUAACAAAUCUGUGGCUAAUCAAGAACUGCCCACUGUACAGCUCGAUGCAGUUGCCGAAUUAGAUGGCAAUACAGCUCAUUCAUUGGCAAAUGGAGAUUUCGUUUUAAACGGAAGAAUCAAAACAUUAAAUCACACAAAAGAUGAACUUUAAUAAACGAUAUUAGUUUUUGUUGUGAACUAAUUACAAAAAUAGAUACA